AUGAUAUGGUCAAUCAUUUGCCUCCCAUUUAGGCUCCUCCGGUGGACACUCAAGCUGCUUUGGUGGUACUUGAUUUCCACAUUACCCAUCUGGAUUCUUCCCUUCAUCAUCGGAGUCUUGAACGGUUUCUUCUUGUGGCAGUACGAUGCGCAUCAAACAGAGACUUUACCGUGGCGAGCUGUAUACGAAUACCUCACAGUCAACAAUGCCAUGCGAAAUGCCUCUGCGACUCGAGCUCCGUAUCACAUUGCUCAGCUGCGUGAGUCAAUUGAAUGGUACGACACAGUCGGUUUGACCAAGUUUGAUCCUCGGGUGGGAUUGCUCAAUCCGCCAGCAAGCGAAACAUUAGGUCUCGCGCAAUUGAACGAAAUGAAUGUGUUUUAUCGGAAAACGACGCCGCUGGACAGCGGAAAACCGUGGCAUCAUUGGGUAUAUGUCUCUGCACAGCCAAUGCGUUCUGAAUCGCUAUUUUUGGACGCCUGGGACCAAGGCUUCAAUGAAUUAUUAAAAUACCACUAUGCCAACCCGCCAGCUCACGAUGCCAAGUUCAACUACGUCUCUUGCACCGGAUCAACGUUUUGCGAAAUGUUCCGGCUAACGGGACCAUCAUUACUGCACUUCACUACAGAGAGCGAUCGGUCAAACGGCCUUCGUUUCCCUUUACCAGGACAUGAUCCCGUCACAGUUCGCCUCGUUGAGCUGCCCAUCACUAAUCCCAGAGCCCUUCCUCUGACACCUGGGAUAUUCCCCUCGACCUUCAAUCAGCUACGAAGCUUUACUGACAGCGAGCACGCGUGGCGACUGGCUCAUCCAUAUUCACGACCAACUCAGACAUUCCGUCGGUUAGAUGACAUUACCGAAGAAAAAGCACAGCUGUAUCCUCGAACCUAUGGCCAGCUCAUUAGGUUAGAUAAUACGAUCCGCAAGUUCUUUGGCCAAGGGGAUGAUUCGAUGUCGCGGUUUAUAGCUCGUCAUGCUGGCAUUGGGUCAAGUGUCUACGGUCACAGAAUCGCGACGGCGGUUUGGAUGCUUAUCUCAAGUUGGUUUCCCAGUGCUAGCGACGAACGUAGGAAGCAGAGCGUUCUUGGUAGUUCUGGGAACGAUACAGGUUACGAGUCACUACGAGAGAACUUUGGCUUUGAGAAUGAGACGAACAAUGAAGCUGAAGCUGCUGGUGCAGCGAUGGUAUUUGCUCAUUCCAUGAUGAAGGAUGUUAUGGAGCGGUUUGUGGAAUCACUACCCGAGGAGAUGCAGGAGGCACUGAUGGAUCUUGGAGACUCAGAUUGGAGUUUCUUCGAGACAUAUCUGGGCGAUGCCAAGAGGGCGCAAGAAAACAAAAAACUGGAAAAAGCGGCUGAGGCAGAAGGAGAACCCGAAUAG